AUGACCGGGGAAAGAGGCAAAGAAGAGACAAACGGGGCAAAAUUUGUCGGCAUGGAUGGGUUCCAUAUGGGUGCAUCGUUUGGUACUGAAGGGUCCUACUCCGGUGACAAGAAGGGCAAGAGGAGGAAGGUCAUCAAGUCGUGCACUUUCUGCAGGAAAAGGAAACUGAAAUGCAGUCAGGCUAGGCCCAUGUGUCAGCAAUGUGUCAUUAGGAAAUUGCCACAAUGUAUCUAUACAGAGGAGUUCAACUAUCCCGUGACUAACACUGUAUUGUUCAGUCAGGUGCCCAAUGUAGCAUUGGUGCAGAAGAUUCAGAGUUUACAAAACCUAUUAACAGAAAACAAUAACGAUACCGGUGAUGAAUCGAUGCCAAACGGAAGCCUCGAUAAUCCGCUAAGGUUUCUCCGUACUUCUGUUUUGGGGGAGAAUGGCUCAAUGUACGUAUUUGGCCCGACUUCUUGGAAAACGCUGUCUUUGUUCGAGCCAAAUAAAUUUCAAACAGAGUUUCAAAGUUUGUGGGCAGUUUUGAAACCGCCCCCUGAAUACAAUGAACCCUUGUUACAGGAAUCUUCUAUUGUUUCGGUUUUGCCCACCUUUUCUCAACUUAAAAUAUGCGUCGACUCGUUUUUCAGUAGCUCACUGUUUGACUUAUUACGUAUUUUCAACAAAGAUGAUGUUUUGCCUUUUUUAGAAAAGCUCUUCGUUAGAGAUGCCACUAACGUUGAUCUAAUUGUUCUCCUUAAUUUAACAGAAGAUCCAAGAGACAAGUACAAUCUUGGUAUCAUACUCCAAAUUCUUUGUUUAAAGUAUUAUAAUCAAAAUGUUCCUUCUUCCAUCAAAGACUUCAUUCACGGUUUAACUGUGGCUUCAUCAUCUUCAAGCUCAAAUUUCAUUGAAAGACUGCAGUUUUUUUUGUUGUCUUACAUUAAUAUAAUGAUAAACUGUACAAGCGGUGUGUGGGAUGGCACUCAAGGCAUUGGUUUAGUGAACGAGUUAUGCCAGUCAUGCGUUAGUUUAGGUUUGGAUGAUAUCAAUAGAUGGCAUAUGGACGAAAGCCARGAAACUAAGGAAAGCCUCAGAUGUAUUUGGUUCUGGACAUUGUUCUUCGAUGUUUCAUGUUCAUAUGAUGUAGGUAAACCUCCAUUCAUUUCUGAUGAUUCUUUAAAUCUGAAUGCAUUUACUGUGCAAGAUUCUGAGUCAUCGGGUAUCAACUCCAGGUUCAAGGCAAAGAGAAGCAAGUUGAUGCACGAUUUUUUAAGGGUUUCUCGGUUCAUUAGUCGUGAGAUUCAUAAAAGACAAACAAGUGAAAAAACCCCUGCUUUGUUGUUGUUAUUGACUAGAUUCGUCCAAUCAAAUUUUUCACCUAUCGAGCACUAUACGAAUCCAAUUUACUACUCCGAGAUUGAUCCGUUUGCUAUAAUGAUCUUAUCGAGAGCUCUGUGUAUGAUUACUAGCAUAGGUAAUAUCGACAUGGUGAUUCGUCAAAAUCAUAAAAUUAUAGACAAGAACAAAAUGGUUCAGUUCACACUAAUAUCAAUAUCGAUUUGCGUUAAUACCAUUUUAUUCAAUUUUGAAAAAUCAGCCAACGAAGAAGAAGACAUUUUAUUUGAAGGGUUGAAACUAUCUACUAUCCUAAUCAAUCCGCUUUUGAUACGAAUAGUAUCGGAAGUGUAUGGCCUGGCAUUCCAUAAACUAACGUUUAGAGAAAGAGGAUUUCUUUUCCUCAUCGAUCUUGACACAGGAAAAAGAAUCCAAUUCAUCAAAUACGAGGAAGAAGACUUCGAUGAAAUCUUGAAAGGAUUCGAUGUCAGAAGUGACAAGUUCUUAACAUUUUCUGGUACAAUAAUUAGAUUCUAUGAAAUUAUUGACACGUUAUUUGAUUCUAGCAAUAGAAACAAAGAAAUUUUCAGGGCUGUUUCUAAGUCCUACCAAUUAACUUCUACUUUAGCAUUUGAACGUGUAAGUAGGGUCUUGUUCGAUAAAGCAACUCAAGCAAGAUUGAAUACUGAGAAGGUCUGGUUGAAGAAGGGCAUUAACAUGGAACAGUUCAGUGAUCUCAUGAUUGAGGAAUUUAUUAACGAUGUUUGGAAGGCUUUCAAGCACAUUUCCCAAGAUCUCUGGUGUAUUAACAAAAAGGAAUUCUAUAAACAAUACAAUUUUGAUAUAUAA